CUCCCAUUCAUCUUAUCCGAUGCUAUGCGUACACGCGCGUAUGUGCGCGACAGAAGCAGUUUUGACACUAUCUGACUGGCUGCCUCGAGAACCCACCGAGAACAACAAGAACACACACACACGCACGCACGCACGAGGUUCAACGGGAGUCAGACACCGUGACAUAGAGGGCUGACUUGGCAAGGAAACGAGCGCUGUGAAAAUCAGUCAUGGCCUCAAAGUUAAAUCCAAAUGUCCUCUAUGUCCGGGAGCCCCGGGAGUCCCUGACCUCUCCGGACCCUCAAGCCGAGGCUGGUGACGAAUCAUCGGACAGCGACGGGGAACCAGAGGAAACCUCAAACAGACUCAUCCGAAAAGUGUCCACCUCCGGUCAGAUCCGAGCCAAGAAAAGUGUGAAGGAGGGACUUCUUCUCAAGCAGACCAGUUCUUUUCAGAGAUGGAAGAGGCGGUAUUUCAAACUGCGAGGCAGAACUCUCUACUAUGCCAAAGAUUCAAAGUCUCUCAUAUUUGAUGAGGUUGACCUCUCAGAUGCCAGUGUGGCCGAGACCAGCACCAAAAACAUCAACAACAGUUUCACAGUCAUCACUCCUUUCCGUAAGUUGAUGUUGUGUGCAGAGAGCAGAAAGGAGAUGGAAGACUGGAUCAGUGCUCUGAAAUCUGUGCAGAAAUGGGAGACUUACGAGGCCAGUCAGUUCAACAUGGAGCACUUCUCUGGGAUGCACAACUGGUACGCUUGCUCUCAUGCUCGCCCCACCUUCUGCAAUGUGUGUCGAGAGGCUCUGCCGGGCGUCACCUCCCACGGACUUUCCUGCGAAGUGUGUAAGUUCAAAGCCCAUAAGCGCUGUGCUGUACGAUCCACCAAUAACUGUAAGUGGACCACGCUGGCAUCUAUAGGAAAUGACAUCAUCGAGGAUGAGGAUGGAGUGUCUAUGCCUCACCAAUGGCUGGAGGGGAACCUGCCAGUCAGUGCUAAGUGUGUGGUGUGCGAUCGAAACUGUGGCAGCGUCCGCCGACUACAGGAUUGGCGCUGCCUCUGGUGCAAAGUCAUCGUACGUCACCUGCCUGCCCACUCUGUGCAUAACAGUUGUAAAGAGCAGUUGGGGAAGGUUUGUCCUCUGGGUCAGUGUAAGGUCUCCAUCAUCCCACCCAAUGCACUUAACAGCAUCGACUCUGAUGGCUUCUGGAAGGCCACCAGUCCAUCCUGCUCGAGUCCUCUGCUGGUGCUGGUGAACAGUAAGAGUGGUGAUAAUCAGGGCGUCAAGUUUCUCCGCAGGUUUAAGCAGCUGCUGAACCCGGCGCAGGUCUUUGACCUCAUGAACGGCGGGCCACAGCUGGGGCUACGUCUCUUCCAGAAGUUUGAGACUUUCCGUACCCUGGUGUGUGGUGGUGAUGGGAGCGUGGGAUGGGUUUUGUCUGAACUGGACAAGCUCAGCCUGCACAAACAGUGUCAGCUGGGUGUUUUGCCGCUAGGCACUGGAAAUGACCUGGCACGUGUACUGGGCUGGGGCGGGCUCUGUGAUGAUGAUGCCCAGUUGUUGCAGAUACUGGAAAAACUGGAGAGAGCUACAACCAAGAUGCUGGACAGAUGGAGUGUGAUGACCUAUGAAGUGCCCACCAAACACACCCCAGUGAUCGUAAAGGAGGAGGACUCAUCAGACUGCCCCUUACAGAUUACACAAUAUGCUGAUUCUGUUGCCACUCAUUUGACCAAAAUCCUGGACUCCGACAAACACAGUGAUGUCAUAUCAUCUGCUAAGUUUCUGUGUGGGACGGUCAAUGAUUUUGUGGCAGAGGUCGGCAAAGCUUAUGAACGAGCCACAGAGAACAAGGAGGAAGCUGAUGCUAUGGCAAAAAAGUGUGCCAUGCUGAAUGAGAAGCUGGACUCUCUGGUAAAGGCUUUAAGCGAAGAUGCCAAUGCCCAGUUAGUACCCUCUGGGUCUGUGUCACCAGAGGAGAGUGACACCGAUCAGUCCAGAUCCUUCAGAUCAAGAGAGCAGCUCAUGCUGAGAGCCAACAGCCUGAAGAAAGCACUUCGACAAAUCAUAGACCAGGCAGAAAAAGUGGUGGAUGAGCAGAACAGACACACCCAGGUUCAGAGGAUGUCAUCCUCCUCAUCAAUCAAAAGAGGCAGCAGUGAGGACCUCAAGGAGGGGGAGCCACGUCAAAAUGCAUUGAGCCCAACCACCACCACAACCCCUAUUUUACUGGAGAAGUCAGAGAGCUUCAGCACUGUGCUAUUCUCUGAAGAGUCUGUGCAGUGCACAGAAAAGUGUGUAAUGAAUAACUAUUUUGGCAUCGGGCUAGACGCCAAAAUAUCUCUAGAGUUCAACAACAAGAGAGACGAACACCCAAAAAAGUGCAGCAGUCGCACUAAAAACAUGAUGUGGUACGGAGUACUAGGGACCAAAGAACUGGUGCAGAAAACCUACAAGAACCUGGAACAAAGAGUCCAGCUAGAGUGUGAUGGAGUGCCCAUGUCUUUGCCGAGUCUUCAGGGUCUUGCUGUUCUGAACAUCCCCAGCUAUGCAGGAGGCAUUAAUUUCUGGGGUGGCACCAAAGAGGACAAUAAUUUUGGGGCACCGUCAUUUGAUGAUAAGAAGCUGGAGGUGGUGGCUGUGUUUGGCAGCAUGCAGAUGGCCAUGUCUCGAGUCAUCAACCUACAGCAUCACCGCAUCGCCCAGUGUCGGCAAGUGAAGAUCACCAUCCUUGGUGAUGAAGGUGUACCAGUGCAGGUGGACGGAGAGGCCUGGAUUCAGCCACCUGGCAUUGUCGAAAUCAUCCAUAAGAACCGAGCGCAGAUGCUCACCAGAGAUCGGAAUUUCGAGAGCACACUGAAAUCAUGGGAAGACAAGCGGAAAGGUGACAGCCGGCCCGCCCGCCCUCGACUGAACUCCCAGCAGUCCAUGGAGUAUCUGACGGAAGAGGAAUGCACUCAGGUCCAACAACUUGGCUUAGUGACUGAAAUGCUCAUCAACAGGAUCCGGGAGGUGGCGAAGACUCAUAAGGUGGUGGAGCAGGAGUUGGCUCAUGCUGUGAAUGCCAGUGCUGUGGUGCUGAGUGAAGCCUUCCCCUCCAAACCCUCCAGCCCUGAGGGUUUGAGUCGCAGUACAGCAGUAGACAUUGUCAACAGCAGUAAAGUCCUCCAGCAAGAAACCAAGAUGCUGUUGGAGGGAAAACUACUGAAUUUGGAGCCUUCUCUACAAGAGGAUCUUCUCUCUAUGGUGGACGGUCUCAGCACUGAGUUACACAAGCUUGAGGAUAUCCACUGGAUCUGUCCCAGCAUGCACUCCUCUGAGGAGGAAUCAUCCCGUGUGAGUGGUAAAAGCAGUAUGAAGCUGAAAAUCAUGCAUAAAGGGAGGAAAGAGAGAGAGAGGUUACAUAAGCAGUGGUCUAACAGCUCUCUCUCAGGAGCUUGGGAUAUCAAGUGUGGGAUGAGUGAUGUGGACUCUGCAGGCAACUGAAAAGCUGAAGUUUUUUGCCAGAUCUCUGCUGUGAGGACUCACCCUGUCAUGGGAUGCUGCUUUAUGCCCAGCGAUGCCCCCCCCCCAGUGUUUGUGAACUUUUUUUGGAGGGGCAUGGCCCGGCUCUGCAUUACUGUUGUGGUUAUGUUCUCUGUGGUUAUGUUCUCUGCCUGCCGAUGGUUUGAUGAUGUCAUGGGAAACACUGGUCAGCAAAGAGCAGGAGUGGACCAAAACUCCCAGAAUCCUUCUACACAUUUUCUAUUUUCAACAAUGCAUGAGAUAAACCGUUCUCUUUUUUUAUCUUAUUUUAUUAUCUUGCUACCUUUUUUCUCUUUCUUAGUAUUCAAGCCGUCAGACACAACCAACAAUCUGUUUAUUUUUCUCCAAAGAUAGAAAAGACUCGGAAAGACUUCUCUUUUGCCCCGUCCUGUCGCCAUCUGAACAACGAGAAAGGAACAAACUAAAUCUUAGAAUUUUUUUUACUGAAAUGAAGACUAUGAAACAAACGUGCAAAAAAGGAAUAUCUUGAAGAAUGAAUGUAUGGUGGACCUGUGUUAUUCGUCAAAAUGGCUGAAUAGUAAGAAAUCUGCAUUUAGUCUCUGUAUCUCUCUAUCAGAAGAGCAUCUAGGUUUCUGCAUGCCUUUCAUGCCCUUAUGCAGAAAAAAAAGGUCUAUUUUCUCUUUUUCUCUCAGAUCGUCAGCCAAGUUGUGAUUGGUGUAUCACUAGUGUGUCAAUUGAGCCAUAGUUCUAGAAGCUUCAGUGCCGUAAAUCUCGUGCCAAGUUAGUAAAUGGAGCGCAGUGGUUUAAAGUGAGCAGUUUCUUUGACUUUCCUUUUUUCUGCAGGGAAAUCUUGUGAAAGAAAAUGAUGCUGUAUGUCGUACAUUUCAAGAUGUAUUUUAUUUCGUCCUUGCACUUUAAUAUAGAAGACAAAUCUUUUGAAAAAAGCAAACUUAAAGGUUGUGUGUUUUGUUUUAUCAUAUGACAAAUAGUAUCCCAUUAAUGGAAACUUAUGAUGAGAUGUUACAUAUGACAUAGUAUAUAAUCAAACUUUAUGAAUGUUAUUCAAAUGUGGCUCCUUUUCAGGGUUUAAUCUUGCUGUAAACCCAGAGGUAAAGUAAAACUUGAACCUUUGUCUUAAUAUUGCCUAAUAUAUGGUUUUAUCAAGAGACUCAAAUGGUACAGUGUAACAUGAGUGCACAAAAUAAGAUAUUGGACAUAUACUUGUUUUCAGUACUGGACAACUUAUUUUCUUGAUGGUUGUGAACAAAAGUUUAACAGUAUUGCUCUGUAAAAAAACAAAAAACAAAAAAAGAGAGAAAUUCAAAAGUGGUCUUGAUACGAGAGUUUGAUAACAGUCUAGGUGCCGACAGUUUCCCUAAAAACUGGAAUGUGUAUAUAUAUAUAUAUAUAUAUAAUUUUAUUUUGUUUUUUGUUUUUUUGCAUGUGUUGAAAGUUCCUCAUCAGGGAUGAAUUGUUGCUGUGUGAUUCGGUUUUGAUUGACAUUUGCUGUUGGGCAGAAAACCACUUUAUCAUCACCACAGAUCAAGAACUGUGUUAAUCAGGUACAAGCAGAAGGCAAUGCUUUUAUGAACAGAAAUUUAUUUUUUAAUGUUUCUUUGAACAGAAAAAAAAAAAGAGAUUGACUUCUAUUUGCUGGUACCCAAUCCUUUUCAUUGUCAAGACUACUGUUUACUUUUGAAAUGUAUUAUUUAUCCUUUUUAAUUAUUUAAAAUAUUUUUGCCAUAUGGUUUGCAGUCAAGCUUCCAUGGCCCUGGACUCUGUAUAUGACUGCAUACACCUCUACUUCAGGAUUGUUGCUGUUGACUUGAGAAAAAUAAAGUGUGGCCAUUGCUGUUUGAACUGUUUCAGUUUAUUAUGUUCCAUGAUGUAAACACAAUACCACUGAUUGCUGAAGCUCUCAGCAUGUUUUAAGUAUACAGUUUUUUUUUCCUGUUGAUUUAACUGCUCAAACAUGACCCCGCUCCUGUACAGAUAAAAGUGUAUGUUCACAUACAUAUGUACCUUCACACUUAAUAUUUUGUAAGCAGGUAAAAAUCUAUAAAAUGACUUUAAAAUGUUUUGGAUUAUAAUUAAUAUUUUGUGCAUUUAAGAUCAAAAGGUAAAUAUCCAAGGCCAAUAGAAGGGUUAAAGGGAUAGUUCACCCAAAAAUGAAAAUUCUCUCAUCAUUUACUCACCCUCAUGAUAUCCCAUGUGUAUAUGACUUUCUUUCUUUACCAGU